CGUAGCAGAAAGAUGGCAGCUCUCAGGUGCAGCUACUCGGCUCUGCUGCUUAUUCUUUGUAGUUUGUCAGUGUUUACCGUCGCAGACAGCCAGGAAUCGACACUAACUGACCACCAUGCCACUAGUCCGCAAACAGCCACAGAAAAAGCGACACAAACGGCCGAGCAGCCCGCGGUGGAGGAGAGGCGAUGGGAAGCUACUGAGGUUGAAGAGGAGACUCCGGGUGAUGCUACAGCCGACACACAGGACGCUCCUGCCCCUGAAACCGCAGCCCCCUUCCCCGUACCAAAGCCGAAAGAUGAUUUUCAGGAGGAAUUGGUCAUCAGGCCGCUGCAUUCAGGAGAUAUUUACGCCAGCUUCCAGUUCCGCACCCUGUGGGAGACUGACUUCAUGAAGGGAAACAAAGUGUCCCACUACCGGCUCUUUCCCAAGUCUCUGGGCCAGGUCAUCUCCAAGUUCUCGGUGCGCGAGCUGCACAUCUCCUUCACCCAGGGCUACUGGAGGACCAUGCAGUGGGGGCAGCCCUUCCUGCCGGCCCCUCCUGGGGCUGAACUCUGGGUCUGGUUCCAGGACUCUGUGACAGAUGUCGACGGCACGUGGAAGGAACUGACAAAUGUUUUGUCGGGGAUCUUCUGUGCUUCACUGAACUUCAUUGACUCCACCAACACUGUUCAGCCCAGUGCAUCCUUCAAACCGCUGGGCAUAAGCAACGUGUCGGACCACCGCUUCCUUCGCUAUGCCACCCUCCCACGAGAGAUUGUUUGCACUGAGAAUUUGACACCCUGGAAGAAACUCUUGCCAUGUGGAUCCAAGGCUGGUCUUGCUGUCCUGUUGAAGUCGGAGAAACUCUUCCACAGCAGUUUCCAUUCCCAGGCAGUGCACAUCAGACCCGUGUGUCAGGACUGGCAGUGCAAAACCACAUCCUGGGAGCUGAGACAGACGCUAAAUGUGGUCUUUGACCUGUACACUCCUGGACAGGGCAAACGAGAGUGGUCGCUGUUUAAAAUGUUCUCUCGGACGCUGACCGAAGCUUGUCCACUGGCCUCCUCCAGUAAAAUCUACAUCGACAUCACAGACAACCCUGAGGGGGAGCAGUUUGAAUUGAGCCCAGCCACUCCCCUGCUGAGCCAGGCAGUGGUGCUGGGGGACAGGCGGACCUUCUCUGUCUACGAUCUGACCCAACCAAUCACCUUUGGCACUGCGCGCUCCCUCAACCUGCUUAUCCGUUGGAAAUCCAGUGAGGGUCACAUGCUGCGUCCGCUGCUCCACGGUGAGCGUUACGUGGCUGGCUAUGGGCUGCAGACAGGAGAGAUUCACACACUGAUGUACAACAACCACCCCUACAGAUCUUUCCCUGUGCUUCUGCUGGACUCUGUGCCUUGGUACCUUCGUCUCUACAUCCACACCCUCACUGUGACCAGCAAGGGGAAAGACAACACACCCAGCUACAUCCACUACCAGCCGUCUAAAGACCGUGUGAGGCCCCACCUGCUGGAGAUGCUGGUGCAGCUUCCUCCCAACUCCGUCACCGAGGUCACGGUGCAGUUUGAGCGGGCUCUGCUCAAGUGGACUGAAUACACCCCUGAUCCCAACCACGGCUUCUAUGUCGGGUCUUCAGUCAUCAGCUCUCUUGUACCCAGCAUUGUCGCCAUGGAUACAAACAGCACUGUGGAACAGCCACUUUUCAGUAGCUUUUUUCCCUGUAAAGAGGAGUCCAGCUACUUUGUGCGUGUCUAUACAGAGCCUCUGCUGGUCAACUUGCCAACUCCGGACUUCAGCAUGCCUUAUAAUGUCAUCUGCCUGACCUGCACUGUGGUAGCCGUGGGCUACGGCUCGCUCUACAACCUACUGACCCGGAGCUUCCAGAUAGAAGAGCCCAGCCCGGGACUGGCAAAGCGGAUAGCCAACGUCAUCCGCAAGAUGAGGGGUGUGCCGCCACUCUGAGGCUGGACAUGGACGACAGCUGGCUCUACUUUUAGAAAGGAAGUUUUCUUUUUGGUGAAAGCACUGGUAAACAUGGGACAUUCAGGGAAGAACUGAGUCAAGCACUGGUAUGAAUGUUUUUAAUACGGUCAACUUGAAGGUUUUGUUUUCAAAUGGAAGAAAACAAAUGAUUCUUUUGAACUGAAAUUUGUUCAGGUAUUUUCCUGCUGGCCAUGGACAGGAGAAUAGACAUUUCCCUACUUGGAUGGAAAGUCAGAGCUCUGUUAUGUUUUAACAAGGAACUGAUGCUGUGCAGUAGGCUGCUAUGGCAACUGCAUCAUUGUUUGGGUUUGAUUGUUUUUGUUUGUUGGGUGUUUGAAGCCAUAACUCCACUACAUCAUUAUAAAUCCAGUGUCCCUGAGACAUUUUGUUACUUUAUUAUGUUCCUGCACAUACGAGACUGGUGGCCUUAAACAGCAUUACCCGAGUUCCUCAGGGGUGAGAAAGAAAAAGGACGAUCACCUUUGGUCUCAUACUGUGGUCCUGACCUGUUGAUUGCUAUCUUCCUGCUGGGAAAGAUGAAACAAAAUUAGCCUCCAAGUCAGAAUCAGAAUUAGUCAGAAUUUACGUUAUUUAUGACAGGAUUUUUAAUUACUCCUAAGACAAUAUAGGACAUCCAGUGGUACCCUCUGUUUAUUUAAAAGUCCCUGAUUCAUUUUUGUUAUCUCACGCUUGUUUUAUAGUAUGAUUAACAUAUGAGAAAAGAAGAGAUGCCCACAAAAAUACUGAAAAGUUACCAAACCAUAGCAUUACAUGUUUGGAA